AUGACGCGCAAGGAUUCGGAUCCCGAUUUCUAUAACCCCACGGAGCUGCAACUUCAGGCGUUCGAGAACCUUAAGAAGUGCAUGAUCGCUCCGCCGAUCCUCGCGUUGCCCCGGCACGGUCGUCCGUACAUGAUAGACACCGACGCGAGUGCCUACCAACUCGGCUGCACCUUACUUCAGGAGCACGAAGAGCCGAACGACUGGCGCCCCGUGGGGUAUUGGUCGUACUCACUGUCCGAUAGUGAGCGCAACUACAGCGCUACCGAACGCGAGUGCUUCGCCGUAGUGUGGGCCGUCCGCACACUACGGCCGUACGUAGAAGGCACGAAGUUCACCGUACGGACGGACCAUGACGCCCUCCGAUGGCUCAUGUCCCUCACCGAGAGUUCCGGAAGACUCACCCGGUGGCGGCUACGUCUGGCUGAAUACGAUUUCACCAUUCAGUACCGCCCCGGACGCGUGCAUCAGGUGCCCGAUGCCCUGUCACGACUCGUGUCGCCGAAGGUCGCCGAUGACCUUCGCUCCACCGUCGAGGUGGAUGACGACAUCCCCACUUUCGACGGGGGCACGACAGUUCGAGACGUAUCGAACGAGCUCGCGGACCACGCUUGUACCGCGAGCUGUGAUCAUCAGGCCGUCCAUGUCUUCGUAACGACACGGAAUCAAGCCGGAGCCCGAACAGGGUCGCGCGCACGGACGCGCGACGAACCGCGAGGUGACGACGAAGACCCCGCUCUCCAAGGACCCAAUUCGUUUUGGGAGGAGAACGACGAGUUCGACGCCGCCGACAUCCAGCACGCCGAAGACCCCGAGGCUGGCGCGCUCGACUCCCCGGUCGCCCCACCGCAGGACGACCUUCCGGCCCCUCUUACGAUAGAGGAGAUAGCCGAGGAGCAACGCGUGGAUGACUUCUGCCAAACCGUUUUGGCACGACAGUCAGAGUCCCGGGACUCCGCGUUCUUCGAGGACCACCAAGGGGUGCUCAAACGGAGACACCCCUUCGACCCUGAUAUCGUUCAGGUCGUGGUGCCUCGGACGCUCCGCGCCAGGCUCCUUCGCCUGUGCCACAACCCGGCCAUCGCGGGGCACCCGGGCCAGAACCGUAUGUACUACGCACUUCGACGCGAGUACUACUGGCCCCACCUGGCUGCAGACGUCGCAGCCACGACGAAGACAGGAAAACGGUUCCUGCUCGUGAUCACGGACCGCUUCAGUAAGCUAACGCAAGUCGUUGCGCUCCGCACGAUAACAGCGCACACGGUCGCAGUUGCGUUCUGCGACUCGUGGGUGUUCAAGUAUGGCGUCCCUCGCACGUUGCUUUCGGACAACGGCCCUCAGUUUAAUGCCAAGUUCUUCCACAGCACGUGCCGCGUUCUGGGGAUAACGAAUUUGUACACUUCGGCGUACCAUCCCCAGACGAACGGGCAAGUCGAGCGUUAUAACCGAACAAUCGCCUCGAUGCUGCGGAACUACGUGGGUGAACACCAGGACGACUGGGAUGUGUACGUGGGGCCGCUUACGUAUGCGUACAACUCCCACGUACAUCGCACCACACGCACCACGCCGUUUGAGCUCGUGCUCAGCAGGCCACCGCCGGAGUUCUCUCUCCGACGGGCGGACGGCGACGCGCCCCCUUCCGAUAGGGGAAACCAACGUGCCGAGUUCCUCAAGACCUUGGAUUCGACUAUCCAGAAGGCCUACGGGAGCCUGCGCCGGACGCAGGCUCGCUACAAGCGCGACUUCGAUAAACGCAUACGACGUAUUAAUUCCCGGCUCCGUCCCGGAGAAUACGUAUAUCUCAACCCCACCGAUGGGGCUAAGACAUCAAACAAGCUCGCUUCGCCCGCUGUCGGACCCUACCGCGUGCUCGCCAACGACCGCCGAACCAUCACGAUCGAUCGUGAUGGGGUCACCGAGCGAGUCUCCGCCGACCGCUGCGUGUACGCGCCGUCUCCGAUAGACGCGCCACGAGCAAGUACGACGACCCCAGGAGACCUCGCCGAUAAGGUCACCGCGGGGACGCAGUAUGCCGUCGAACGGCUACUGAGACAUCGAGUUAUGGAAGAUGGAACUACGGAGUUCCUCAUCAAGUGGGCGGAUUACGACGCGCCCACUUGGACUGCGCGGACUCACGUCCCGGAGGAGUUGGUGUCUCGUUACGCCCAACGCCUCCGGAGACGUACCGGCAGAGACCUCACCCAAACCGUGAACGCGGACGUUCACGCUUAA